AGAGGACCAUUAAACCGGUGUUCUAGGAAGUUUUUAUGCUCUUUCAAGAAAGUCGUUUUCCCAAGAGGAGGGGCAGUUUAUUGUAAGCUGGCGGAUUUCCACCUACAAGCAAGUGAAUGGGUUUUUCACGCUGGAAGUGUCAGAUUGCCUGCUGAAGGUUAUUCCCAGCGACGAGGGUCCGGAGGAAGAGAAUCUUGGAACACGCUAAAGGGCUCUGAAGGCACCCCGGAGCUUCCUGUGACUGCCCUCUGGACGAAGCGCACCUGGGAAGCAGGCAAGGCAGGGCGAGGUGAUCGACAUGCCGGCAGAGGUCAACAUGUCUUAAGCUCCUGCGAUUGUGUUCUGGAAACCCUGUCCCCCCCCACCCCCAACCCCCCUUCCCCAGCUCCCCUUCGGACCCCUCCCUGCCUUCCCGUUCAGGACCCCGUGGAUGUGACCCACGAGGAGGGACGCCUGGCCCGCACCGGAGACAUGAGCCUGCAGAAGCACCAGCAGAUGGGCUCCGACCGGGACCUGCAGUCCGCUGCCUCCUCCAUCAGCCUGCCCUCCGUCAAGAAGGCGCCCAAGAAGCGCCGCCUGUCUUUGGGGUCUCUCUUCCGGCGCAGGAAGGACCCCAAGCGCAAGUCGCGGGAGCUGAACGGGGGGGUGGAGGGCAUCGCCAGCAUCGAGAGCAUCCACUCGGAGAUGUGCAACGACAAGAACUCCGCCUUCUCCGUGGCGGGGGUGGCCUCCACCUCUUCGGCAGCCUCCUCCUCUUCCUCCUCCUCCUCCUCCUCCUCUGCCGCCGCCGCCGCCGCCUCCGUCAAGGCGGGCGGGGAGCUGCUGGAGUGCCCGCUGUGCCUUCUCAGACACUCCCGGGACCGCUUCCCGGAGAUCAUGACCUGCCACCACCGCUCCUGCGCCGACUGCCUGCGCCAGUACCUGCGCAUCGAGAUCUCCGAGAGCCGCGUCAACAUCAGCUGCCCCGAGUGCUCCGAGCGCUUCAACCCCCACGACAUCCGCAUGAUCCUGGGCGACCGCGCGCUCAUGGAGAAGUACGAGGAGUUCAUGCUGCGCCGCUGGCUGGUGGCCGACCCGGACUGCCGCUGGUGCCCCGCCCCCGACUGCGGAUAUGCAGUGAUUGCGUUUGGCUGUGCCAGCUGUCCCCGGAUCACCUGUGGGCGUGAAGGAUGCGGCACGGAGUUCUGCUACCAUUGCAAGCAGAUCUGGCACCCCAACCAGACCUGCGACGCUGCCCGGCAGCAGAGAGCCCAGAGCCUGAGGCUGAGGACCAUCCGCUCCUCCUCGCUCAGCUACAGCCAGGAGUCCGGGGCCGCAGCCGAUGACAUUAAGCCCUGUCCCAGAUGUGCCGCGUACAUCAUCAAGAUGAACGACGGAAGCUGCAAUCACAUGACGUGUGCGGUGUGCGGCUGUGAGUUCUGCUGGCUCUGCAUGAAGGAGAUCUCUGACCUGCACUAUUUAAGUCCGUCGGGGUGCACCUUCUGGGGCAAGAAGCCCUGGAGCCGCAAGAAGAAGAUCCUGUGGCAGCUGGGCACGCUGGUGGGCGCCCCCGUGGGGAUUGCACUGAUCGCUGGCAUCGCGAUCCCAGCCAUGAUCAUCGGGAUCCCCGUGUACGUGGGCAGAAAGAUUCACAAUCGCUAUGAAGGAAAGGAUAUCUCAAAGCACAAGAGGAACUUGGUGAUUGCUGGUGGUGUGACUUUGUCUGUAAUAGUCUCUCCGGUGGUGGCAGCAGUAACUGUUGGUAUCGGGGUGCCCAUCAUGCUGGCCUACGUGUACGGCGUGGUGCCCAUCUCCCUGUGCCGGAGCGGGGGCUGCGGCGUCUCGGCGGGCAACGGCAAGGGGGUGCGCAUCGAGUUCGACGACGAGAACGACAUCAAUGUCGGGAGCGGGACCGCGGCGACCGACACCACCUCCGUGGCCGAGACCCGGAACAACCCGAGUAUCGGAGAGGGCAGCGUCGGGGGCAUGACGGGCAGCCUGAGCGCGAGCGGCAGCCACAUGGACCGGAUCGGCGCCAUGCGGGACAACCUGAGCGAGACGGCCAGCACCAUGGCCCUGGCGGGCGCCAGCAUCACGGGGAGCCUGUCGGGCAGCGCCAUGGUCAGCUGCUUCAACAGGCUCGAGGUGCAGGCCGACGUGCAGAAGGAGCGCUACAGUCUGAGCGGGGAGUCGGGCACGGUUAGCCUGGGGACAAUCAGCGACAACGCUAGUACCAAAGCAAUGGCGGGAUCCAUUCUCAACUCCUACAUGCCUCUGGACAGAGAGGGGAACAGCCUGGAGGUGCAGGUGGACAUCGAGUCGAAGCCGGCGAAGCUGCGGCACCACAGUGGCGGCAGCAGCGCGGACGACGGCGGCAACCCCGGGCGCAGCGGCCCGGCCUGCCCGCCGGAGGGCAAGGGCAGCGCCGCCAAGUGGGGCAAGGAGGCCGGCGCGGGCAAGAAGUGCAAGGGCAAGCUGAGGAAGAAGGGCAGCACCAAAAUCAACGAGACCAGGGAGGACAUGGACGCCCAGCUGCUGGAGCAGCGCAGCACCAACUCCAGCGAGUUCGACUCGCCCUCCCUGAGCGACAGCGUGCCCUCGGUGGCGGACUCGCACUCGAGCCACUUCUCCGAGUUCAGCUGCUCCGACCUGGAGAGCAUGAAGACCUCCUGCAGCCACGGGUCCAGCGACUACCACCCGCGCUUCGCCGCGGUCAGUCCCCUGCCCGAGGUGGAGAACGACCGGCUGGAGAACUGCCCCUCCCAGGGCACUAGCCCCUUGCCCCCUGCCCCCGCCCCUGCCCCCUGUCCUGAUGGCGCACCGCUCUGCCACAUAGCGGAGGAGAAUGUCAAUGUUGUGAAUUCCACUGAGAUGGACUCCAACUCUGGGGAAUCUUUAAAAGAAACCAAUAACAACAAUCCCCAGCCGCCCAGCGCUGUGAAGAACACUUGUAUUCAGACUGAAAUCUAAUACCUUAAGUGCUGCAGACUCCUGUAUUUAAACUUGUCACUAACCCAGCUAACGACAGUUAACUUCGUGUAUUUAAAAAAAAUAAUUCACCUGGUGAAGGGGAGCUGUUUUUUUUUCUUUAAUUUUUUAAACCAGCUUUGUUUUUUUUUUCUUUUAAAAGUAGAUCAGUCGAUGAGUAUCUUGGUACCAGGGUAGUACAGAACACAAGUUGUUCUAAUGGUGGGUUUUAACGGUAGUGAUGCAAAAUUAUACAACAGGUUUAAACCUGAGAUGCAGGCUGGUGAUUUUUUUUAUACUACCCUAAUGCUGCUCAGAUGGAUUUAGGCAGCAUUAAAACGCUGCCUCCCAUUGCCACGGCGAAAACAAUAAAUUGGCCAUUUAAAUCGUAACGGCUGAUGGUCUUUUCGAGUCCUCUUUACACUUUUUUCCCCCCCACAAUUUGCCUUGUUACUGCUAAUGAAGCCCCCGGUGUUCUAAUGUGUAAUUGAAGACAACCACUGUGCCACUUUUGUGUCCAGUCAAAAUCAUUAUAGUGGCAUUGCACCACGACAGAAGAAUUGUCAAGUUGACCGUAUAUGUGCAAAUCUAAAUAGGGACCAGGCAAUGCUACUUCACCUUAUGACUCUGUAAAUGAUAGGCUACUUUUCUGAAUUUAUACCUUUUUUGAAAAAAAAAAAUGGUUAACAGAAGCAGCAAGCCCUCCAUGAAGUGAGUUUGGGCUUCUGUCUAGCCAAAUGUGGAUAACUGAGAGGGAAGCUACAGUGGCAGCAUUGGUGCUACACUACUCGUGUGUAGAGUUAGUGGAUGUAAUUCUUUUGGUUCUAGAAAGGCCAGGGAGUGCCCUUCUGAUUGCGAACGCUAAGCACAGUAGUGCAAGCCUUGAGUCACAGUACAGUGCAGAAGGAACAGGAGUUCUGCAGAUGGGCAUUGCCUGGUUUUCUAUGAAUCCAAAGUGUUAAACUCACUGAAUUGUAAUGUAAAAAUGUAUUGAUUUUCAGUUCAAAGGCAAUUAUUCAGGCUGAAGCAUUCACCACCUCACAGAAUAAGAUUGACUUUUAUAUCUUUGUUGACUCAUGGUGCCUUUGAAAAGCUUUUUUUGUCUUCAGUGUUUUCCAUUUUUGUGUCUUCAAAGUCUAUAAAAGGCUAUGUGUCUCUGACUGUUGAGAGACAUACUGCAGGUAUCGUUACCUACUGUGGUAGACACAAUGAAUACAUUACUUUUUAAUUGCCUACCAAAGAAAGCACUCAGGCUUUAGAUGAUCCUAUUCAUGUUAACAGAGUGAUGGUAGAACUGACAGCAUGGUGUAUUUAUGGCACAAUCCUUACCUUACUGGAGGAUCACUUGAAAAGAUCCAGGAACAUGUGGAUAGUUGUUUUGUUCAUGCUUACAGAUGCUACGCAAAUAAUUCAAUCCAGAAACCGCCUAGGCACCUGCACUGUUAAAAAUGUACUUCAUUAACAUACUGCAACUCAAAGCAUAUUGGGAUUUGGUUGUUGAGAGUGGAUUGUUCAGUUUCCUGUUAUGUUGCCAUUCUGGUGCUGCUCAAUGAUAGCUCUGGACUGAAGAAAAUGCCACAAGCUGCAGAAUUUGUCCCUCCUAUUUCUUUAUUUUGAACACUAGUGCCAGGUAUAAUUUGAUUUGUUGCAGACCAGCUUAAGGUAUUUGUAUAUUUGUUUGCUAAUUUGCUUUAUAAUAUGCGUGUAAAUGCAUAUCUAAAAAAUUAAAAUGAUAAAGAUGCA